AUGGCAUGGAUCUCUGCCAUUGAUACGGCAAGCACAAAGCUCAACAUCCCCAUGACCGCGGUGGAGCCGACGCUCGCCUUUGAAGAUGAUGGCCUCGUGCCAGGAGUCUGCCGCCUCUACAUGGAGGGGCGCUGCCGCCAAGGCGACCGGUGCUUCCAGGUGCACGCAGACCCUAGCGUGGUGCAGCAGCUGCGGCGUGUUGCGCUCAACACGCCGUCCUGCUGCCCAGCACACGGCGCGAAGUGCAACAUGGAGGGAUUUCCUCUAGGCCUUGUCGUCGUGAUUGAUCCUCCACGCGAAAAGGAAGUAGGCCUCGCGGUAGAGGCCAAAGUCGAGCGAGAAAGCGGGUGCGCCGCUGUAUCGCCGUCGAGCGGCGAGUUGAAUACGACUUCUACCGGUGACGACGCCUACAACGGAAACAACGUCACUAGCACGGAGCAGAGAUUCACGAUUGCGCUCCACAAUGUGUGCCCUACCCGCUACCUCUGGUCACGAUACGAGGAAAAUGGGGGCAUGUUGCUCCACGUGCCGAAGUCGAAAAUCUGCCGUGAGCACCGAAAGGGGCUCUGCCGCUUCGGCAACGAGUGCAGCUUUCUGCAUCUGUGUCGUCAGAUCACCCUCGGCAACGGCGAGGACGAGCUCUUCAGCCGCAGUCACACGCCGUCGUGCAACGCUCCGAUGCAAGGCAGCAUGCAGGACUACUCGAGGUCGCUGUCUUCUGCAACUGCGAACGGGUCUCUGUGCCACCAGGCCCACUCCCAGUCGUAUUCGACGUCUAACCCACCACACUUUCAGGGCAGCGUCCUGGUGUCCCAGAGCGGCUCGUACAUGGACUGCUCUCUCGGCAACAGCCAAACCGGUUCGCGACCGCAUUUCUCACGCAUUCCAGCGACUUCGGAGAGCUAUGGUAGCCAUCAGCCACUUCUGCGACCACUCGGCGGCCUGCCGAAUUCGCAGAGAACCAUAGGGACUCGUGGGUCUUUCACGCACAACCCCUACGCCGAGGCAUCUUCGUUUCAAGGCUAA